UCCUCAGGCAUCCGAACGACCUGUGACCCAUCCCACACGGCCCUCCGUCAACCCAUCCGCCGUUGCCCUCUCCUGUCGUCCUCGCAGCCGCCAUGUGCGUCCCCGACAAGAAGCAAGAAAAGCCCGUCACCCUGUUUACCCGAGAGGAAAUCAAGGAGCGAGCCCUCAAGUCCCAGGAGAUCCUGAUCAUCUUCAAGUCCAAGGUCUACAAUCUGACCAAAUGGGCAAAGUAUCAUCCGGGUGGCUACAUGGCCGUCUUCCAUCUCGCCGGCAAGGAUGCCACCGACGCCAUCACCGCCUUCCAUCCGGACUGGGUCAUGGAGACCAGGAUGCCCCACUUCCAGGUCGGUGAGCUCGUCCCAGAGCAGCGCAAGGUCUCCAAGAUCUCCGAAGACUACCAGCUGUUGGACCAGCAGCUCCGCAAGGAGGGUCUCUACAAGACCGACAUGUUCUUCUACGUCCGCGAGGCCGCCAAGUUCUUUGCCGCUUGGGCCCUCGCCUUUGCCUUCAUGUUUGUCGGCCCGACCUACAUGCCUCCGGCCGUCGCCUACCUCGCCAGCUGCUCCUCGCUUGCCUUCCUGUGGCACCAGGCUGCUUUCGUCGCCCACGACGCCGGCCACAGCAGCAUCUUCCACAACUCCACCAAGGACGUCAUCUUUGGCAUCUUCCUCGCCGACUUUUUCGGCGGCCUGAGUCUGGGCUGGUGGAAGGACAGCCACAACGUCCACCACAUCGUCACCAACUCGGAGGAGCACGACCCCGACAUCCAGCACCUGCCCUUCUUUGCCGUCUCGACCCGUCUCUUCAACAACCUGUACUCGACCUACCACAAGCGAGUCAUGGAGUUUGACGACGCCGCCAAGAUCUUUGUCUCGAUCCAGGACCGGCUCUACUACAUCAUCCUGCUCUUUGGCCGCUUCAACCUCUACGUCAACUCGUGGAUGCAUCUGCUCAAGCCCCGCGUGCCCUUCCGCUCGCUCGAGAUUGUCGGCAUGGCUGUCUACUGGUCGUGGUACACGCUGCUGCUCUCGCAGCUGCCUUCGUGGGGCUGGAUCCUCGGCUACGUCUUCCUGUCGCAUGCCCUCACCGCCAUCCUGCACGUCCAGAUCACUCUCUCGCACUUUGGCAUGCCCACGGGCGAUAUUGGCGACGAGGAGUUUGCUGCCAUGGGUCUGCGAACCAGCAUGGACGUUGAUUGCCCCUGGUGGCUGGACUGGUUCCACGGUGGUCUCCAAUUCCAAGUCGGCCACCAUCUCUUCCCCCGCAUUCCGCGCACCAACCUGAGACGCCUCCGCCCAUACAUUGCCAAGUUUGCCAAGGACCACGGCCUUGAAUACCACAACUAUGGCUUCAUCAAGGGCAACGGCAUCGUCCUGGGCGUCUUGCGAGACGUUGCCAACCACGCCCACCUGCUGGCCAAGGCCUCCAAGCCCCACCGCCACUGAGCCGCCGAGCCACCGAGCCACUUGGUCGCCCUGAUUUGUUUUGGUCCUGAUAUCGCUCUCGUCCAUCUCAUCUUCAUUUUCUUUCCAUUCUUUCCUUUUUUUUGUUCUGCUCGGCCCGCACCCUUUCCUAUUCUCUUGGCAUUGUUAUUAUUAUUAUGAUCACUAUCUUGCUCGCUCGCCGAUCCGCUCCUCAAAGUCUUCCGUCCCC